GCCUGCCUCGUUUAGGGAUGCCACUGCUGCAAAAGCAUUUCCUUAAUUUUGAGGCUCCGUCUUUCCAAAAGAUGGUUUUGAUUGAUUAGCUAGUGUAACGCGUAAGCUCUACUACUCCUACCACUGAUCGAGCUUCUUCUUGAAGCAUGUAAAUUAAAGGGGGCAGGAAGCCGCAGCUUGCCUGCCCAUCGUUUCAUUUCAUCGGCGCUUCCUUUGUUGAACACAAGGGGGGAGAUCCGUCGGUCCAUGGAGUCCAAGGAGGAGGCGAUGAUGAUGGUGGCAGCGCCGGCGGCCGGUGCCGGAGAAGCCAAGAAUGGUCCGCCGGUGGCAGUCGACAAAGCUGGAGCUGCCCCGGCUGACAGAGCAGAUGCUGCCGUGCUUGCAAAGGUGGAGAUGGACAGGAAGCUGUCUAUGAUCAAGGCGUGGGAGGAGAGCGAGAAGAGCAAAGCCCAAAACAACGCAGGGCCGAGAAGAAGAUGCUGUCGGCCAUCAUGGCGUGGGAGAAGACGAAGAAGGCGGCAGUGGAAGCGAAGCUGCGAACCCGAGAGAGGAGAAGCUGGAGAAGAAGAAGGCGGAGUACGCAGAGAAGAUGAGGAACCAAGCGGCAGGCAUCCACAAGGCCGCGGAAGAGAAGCGCGCGUCGGUGGAGGCGACGCGACGCGAGGCCAUCCUCAAGUACGAGGACAUGGCGGUCUACAUCCAUCCAUACAUACAUACUCCUACUACUACAUAUAUUGCUUUCGUCCCUCAAAAAUCUUUGGCUAUUGCUUUCUUGUGUGCUCUGCUGGGUAGGUAUUGUUUGCUCAAGGGAAUUGCUUGUAAUGCAUAUCCGUUGUGUGCUCUGUGCAGUAUGGUGUAUUAUAUGUAAAAAAAAAAAUGUAGCCACGCAGACAACAUUUCCA